CCGAGAGAGAAGAAAGAAGAAGAAGAAGCACGUCCCCAAAGCGUUUCCGUGAUAAAGGGGGCUUCGAGUCCAAUUCCGAGGCCUGCACAGGACGAAGCCAAUCCCGCGGACAUGCCUAGAGGACCAGACGAGGACGUCGACGUUGACAAGGGUGACGACAGCCAGAUAGGGCAAUGGGCAGCUAUGCUGCUUUUCAGCCUGAUUGGAGUUUUGCCAGGAGUGGCGGCGAGCGCGAUCUUCACAUACUUGCUCCACGGAUCCGUCGAAAUGUUAGAAAGUGAGAAGGACAAUCCACUGGCAGCACCGAGACAGGCAGCAGCGCCCUCCGUUCUGACAGCGCCUCUGUGCACAACCGAUGACUGUCACUACCUCUCUCAGUGGCUCCAGCUCACGCUGAAAUCGAACUCGGAUCCGUGCCAUGACUUCUACGAAUAUGUGUGCAGUACCUACGACGAUCCGUAUAAAAGCCCCUUAGCGAGGGCUUCCAAAGAUAUUUUCUCCGGCACCGUUUCGGCCCUGCACGCCACUCAUGUCCCAGCCAUAGAUCAAACAUCCUGGCAGAAAGCAGCUGGACUCUUCCAAUCCUGCCAUGCUCUGGCCACCUCGCACGAGGACCAGGUCAACGACCUUACAACGUGGAUGGCAUCCUUGAGCCUCGACCUCAACAACCAGGCAAUGGCAUUUGAUCCAAUUGACAUGGCGAUUCGCCUAUCGUUGGAUUUUGGCCAACCAUCCAUAUUCUUCAUCACACCACAUCGCACGGUCUUCAUGGAGAAUAAGCGGUUAUUAGAGAUGCGUAUAUAUUCCGAAGAAGCCACGCGGUAUCUCAAACGUGCCAAUUAUUCCGAAAAUGCGGAAACAAGUGAAUACGAAUUCAUGCUGGGAACAUACGGAGUCGACGCGAGUGACGUCCCACAGCUUGCCGCUGACAUCUUGGGCUACGAGAUGGAAUUUGUCGCUGCGGAGACAGAAACUAAAAGUACUUCGAACAGUUCCGUGAUUGAAUCAGUUGAAGCGCUGGACAGAAGAACGGCACCGCACGUCACUGCAGGUCAGUGGAUCACUUCAAUUUCAAAAUACACCAGCCACACGUUCGGCGCAAAGGACUACAUAUAUUAUAUGACAUACAUGCCAGCGAUGCUGCUACAGUUGCUCCAGUCCAGCACCGUCGGCACACGUGGGCUGCGGUACCUGACUUCCUGGAACUUGUUCCGAAAUUUGGUGAAUUUUACGCUGCCGGCUCGCCUUGGGGGCAGUGAACGUGCCGACUUGAUCUGCUACAAUGCCGUCAAUCGGCCUAUGCGACUGGCAAUGACUAGCGGGUACUUGAACAAAGUGGCUUACGGGAAGACAAUAGAAGAAGCGCAUGAGAUGGUCACCAAUAUCCACAAGGCCUUGAAAGAGGCUUUUGAAUCGUCCAGCUGGAUAACAGGGAGCACGCGAGAGGAAGCACUGAAGAAGUUGAGCAAGAUGAGGAAGUCCGUCGGCGGAGUGGCCCCGCUGAAGAGCGAAGUCUUUGCGGACAAAUUCUACAAACUAGUGCCAGACAUUACCACAGACCGCUUCUUCACAGCAUGGCGAGAGGCCAUGGCAGCGGCUACCCGACAAUUGUGGACAGACCAGACACACGCAUUCUACGAGCAGGUCACCGCUAACGCCUUCUACUACGCCAACAUCAACGUUAUGGUCAUUCCGCGGGCAAUGCUCCAUCCACCGUUCUUCUUCACUGAAGGACCGCCGGCGAUAAACUACGGCGGCGCGGGAACGGUAGUUGGCCACGAGAUCAUGCACGGAUACGAUAUGGUGGGGUCGCAGAUCGAUGACACCGGGAAAGUGCGGAUGUGGUUUACUCCCGAAGCUACGCAGCGCUACUUGGAGAGAGCCCGUUGCCUGCAACACUCCUACGAGAAUGUGCAGCCAAGCGCCCGCCAAGGCGUGCCUAAUAACGGGACGUUUGUGACGGUAGGUUCGGAAAACCUGGCCGACAUCGUGGGCGCGAUGAUUUCUUACGCCGCCUUCGCAUCCCUCCCUCAACCUCAGCGGGACACCAUUUUACCGGGACUCGGCAUGACCGCUGAACAGCUGUUCUUUGUCAGCCACUGCGCAAAAUGGUGUUCCCUCAGACAGACAAGCGUAGCCGGGUACGCGACAAGCCGACUGCGCUGCCUUGUACCCCUGAUGAACAUGGCCGAAUUCUCGGCGGCAUUCGCCUGCCCCCAGGCCGCACCCAUGAACCCGCCGAACAAGUGCCCGUUUUGGGCGUGAAAGCAAUUUUCCUCCGCUACGGACCCACCACUUCGGCGCUCUCCUAAAAUGCAACGGGACAGUUCCGCGCCACUGUGGAUGCGCACGUAUUUCUGCUCCUCCAAACAUAUCUAGUCAAAGCGUACAGUCUCUCACUUCACUGUGGUCAUCCAAAAGAGAUGCUUCCAAAAAACUCCGCGCUCUAUAAUCCUGCAAGUAAAUUUAUGCGUAAACGAA